AUGUCAGACGUUCAGAAUCUAACGCUGGAUUUCCAGAAAGGGGCUCCAGUUGAGGAGGUUUUCGAGCAGCUGCGGUGCACCGAGAAUGGCCUCACGGAGGAGGAGGCCGAAGAGCGGCUCAAGAUUUUCGGGUAUAACAAGCUAGAGGAGACGAAGGAAAACAAGUUUCUCAAGUUCCUCGGCUUUAUGUGGAAUCCUUUGUCAUGGGUGAUGGAAGCUGCAGCGAUCAUAGCUAUUGUCAUGCUCAAUGACGGCAGUGGAGAUCCCCCCGAUUAUCCAGACUUCAUUGGGAUAAUUAUUCUUCUUUUGGUGAACUCCACGAUAAGUUUCUUUGAAGAAAACAAUGCCGGAAACGCUGCGGCUGCUUUGAUGGCACGGUUGGCUCCUCAGUGCAAGGCUCUAAGGGACGGGAAAUGGAAAGAAAUGGAAGCGAAGUUCUUAACUCCUGGUGACAUCAUAGCCAUAAAGCUUGGAGACAUCAUCCCUGCAGAUGCUCGCCUGCUCGAAGGAGAUUCCUUGAAGAUUGAUCAGUCUGCUUUAACUGGCGAGUCUUUACCUGUGACGAAAAGGCCUGGAGAUGAAGUACUUUCAGGAUCAACUUGCAAAGUAGGAGAGAUGAACGCUGUUGUCAUCUCCACCGGCGUUCACAGCUUCCUGGGUAAAGCGGCUCACCUUGUUGACAGCACAAACAAUGUGGGACACUUUCAAAAGGUCCUGACGUCCAUUGGAAACUUCUGCAUUUGCUCUAUUGCUGUGGGAAUAUUUGUGGAGGGAAUCGUCAUGUGGGCGGCUCAUCACCAGACUUAUCGUCAGGGCAUGGAGAAUUUACUGGUUCUUCUCAUUGGUGGAAUACCAAUUGCUAUGCCGACGGUUCUUUCGGUAACCAUGGCGAUUGGUUCGCACAGAUUAUCCCAGCAGGGAGCUAUAACAAAACGCAUGACAGCUAUAGAGGAAAUGGCUGGUAUGGACGUCCUUUGCAGUGAUAAAACGGGCACUCUUACUUUGAACAAGCUUACUGUCGACAAGAGUCUUGUUGAGGUGUUUCCGAAGGACAUGGACCAAGACACGGUUGUGAAGCUUGCAGCAAGAGCAUCCAGAUUAGAAUGUCAAGAUGCUAUUGAUGCUGCAAUUGUAGGCAUGCUCAGUGAUCCGUCGGAGGCCCGAAAAGACAUCGAAGAGAUCCACUUCUUGCCAUUCAAUCCCGUCGAAAAGCGAACGGCAAUUACCUACAUAGAGAACGGAAAAUGGUAUCGAGCAAGCAAAGGAGCUCCCGAGCAGAUCUUAGCUCUCGUACACAACAAACAAGCAUUGUCCCAGAGAUUCCAUACCGUGGUUGAGCAACUUGCUCAGCGCGGUCUGCGAUCACUUGCAGUGGCUAUCCAGGAAGUCCCUGAGGAAUCCAAGGAUUCUCCAGGAGGCCCAUGGACACUUUGCGGCGUGCUACCACUUUUUGAUCCACCUCGUCAUGACAGUGCUGACACCAUCCGCCGUGCGCUCAACCUCGGUGUCAAUGUCAAGAUGAUUACUGGCGAUCAGUUGGCGAUUGGUAUUGAAACCGGUCGUCGAUUGGGCAUGGGGACCAAUAUGCAUCCCUCUAAAACGCUGCUAGGAGAAAAUAAGGGGGAGCUUGGCCCGGAAAUGGAUGAACUGAUUGAAAACGCUGAUGGAUUUGCUGGGGUCUAUCCAGAGCACAAGUACAUCAUCGUAAAGCGACUGCAAGAGAAAAGGCACAUUGUCGGGAUGACGGGGGAUGGAGUUAACGAUGCUCCCGCUCUGAAAAAAGCCGAUAUCGGCAUUGCUGUUGCAGAUUCCACAGACGCAGCAAGGAGUGCAGCAGACAUUGUUUUGACAGAACCGGGUCUUAGUGUGAUCAUCAGCGCUGUGUUGACAAGUCGAGCAAUAUUCCAAAGGAUGAAAAACUAUACGAUCUAUGCCGUGUCGAUCACUAUCCGUAUAGUGCUGGGAUUCGCGCUGCUUUCGAUAAUCUGGAAGUUCAACUUCUCACCUUUCAUGGUUUUGAUCAUUGCCAUUCUAAACGAUGGCACUAUCAUGACUAUAUCCAAAGAUCGUGUCAAGCCAUCUCCUUCCCCAGAUAGUUGGAAGCUCAAGGAAAUUUUUGCAACCGGGAUCACACUGGGCACAUAUUUGGCAUUGAUAACAGUUUUGUUCUUCUACCUCGUUCAGGAAACUAAUUUUUUCCAACGCGUCUUUGGCGUCUCAGAUAUCUCGGGCAAGCCCAGGGAGCUGAACUCGGCAGUUUACCUUCAAGUUAGCAUUGUCAGCCAGGCGCUUAUUUUUGUUACUCGCUCUCGGAGCUGGUCAUACGUAGAGAGGCCCGGUUUCUUGCUCUUAGCGGCUUUCGCCGCCGCUCAACUGGUUGCUACCAUCAUCUCUGCUCAUUUACAGCUCGGUUUCGCUAAAAUCCACCCGAUUGGCUGGAAAUGGUGCGGGGUGAUAUGGCUAUUCAGCAUUGUCUUCUAUAUUCCACUCGAUAUUAUCAAGUUUGCCAUCCGCUACUUUCUCUUCGGUCACGUAUGGGACUUGGUCCUGGAGCGCAAGAUUGCGUUUACGAGGCAGAAAGACUUCGGCAAAGAGGCGCGAGAGCUACAAUGGGCGCAAACGCAGCGAACACGUCAUGGCCUACAGAAGACGCCGGAGAGAGGAGGAAGCUUCAUGGAUAAAAUGGGAUACCGGGAGCUAUCGGAUAUCGCGGAGCAAGCCAAGAAACGCGCGGAGAUGGCCAGGCUCAAGGAAGCUCACACGCUCAAAGCUCAUAUCGAGUCUGUGAUCAAGCUCAAAGGUCUAGAUCUCGACGGCGUCAACCCGCACUACACGAUCUAA